UAUGUCAUUGUCAUCCAUUCAUGUUUCGUAGUAAUUUCGUCAUAGUUUGUAAUUCGACAAGCUUGAAUCUUCAAUUUUUGCUUGAUCACUAUUGUGAAUGACGAAUAAUUGUCGCUUAAAUUGGUAUAUAGACAUGAUUCAACGUCAUUGCUGUGUAAUUGAAGUGUAAUCUUUGAAACGUACAGAAUAAAACAUUUGCGAUACAGUAUGGAGUUUCCUCAUAUUGGAAAGAAUUGUUCCUAUCAAGCUUGUAAUAAAUUGGAUUUCCUGCCUAUGAAAUGUGGUGCUUGUAGUGAAGUCUUUUGCUCCGAUCAUUUUGCAUAUGCCAAACAUGACUGUCCUGAGCCUAACACUCGUGAUGUACAAGUUCCUGUAUGCCCAUUAUGUGGAGCUCCGGUCCCAGGCCGCCGAGGGGAGCCUCCAGAUGUGGCAGUAAGCGCGCACAUUGACAAUCAAUGUACCUCGGACCCAGCAAGAGAGAGAAGGAAAAAGGUGUUCACCAACAGAUGUUCGCACAAAGGCUGCAAGACGAAGGAGAUGGUGCCUCUGGUUUGCAGUGAGUGCUCACUCAACUACUGCUUGAAACACCGGCACACAACCGACCACGCCUGUGAGGGGAAACUAGCAGCGAAGAGAAGGCAGGCUGCGAACGCGGCGAAGGCGCGACUAAAAGCGGCUGAGAACAGAGUGAACGCGAACCCGCCAGCGGCGACACCUGUCACUAGCUUCUCCGAAGUACAGGGGAAUAUGACGGAAGACGAAGCCCUGGCCCACGCCCUUGCAUUGUCGCUGCAAGAACAAAACUCGAACAUUCGCGAUCGUGAUAACAACUUCGCUCGGGCGCUGACGAGGCAGCGAGUUGGAGGGGAACAGAACUCAAGAUGCACCGUAUCCUAGCUAACUUCACGUUUGUUUAUACAAUUUGGGCACCCAAAAUCAGAAGCAGGAAUACAAAGAGAAGAUGAACCAUUAUAUGCCUUAUAUAGAAGCCUAGUCCAAUUUUCUUAGUGCACUAGAGGCAUGACUCGUCAUUAGAUGCAGAUUAUACUGACCUGUAUACAUGAUUAUGUCUAGAAGACAAAUAAAAUUUUGACGCGCGUAUCAAUAGGUACUUAUCGUACCACAUCGCAAUGGUCGUCAAAUCUGGGGCACAGAAGUGCCUCCGGUAAGACGAGCCGAGCGAAGCGCAAGGGCACCUAACCUACAUUACCUCGAAAAGAUUGGUCGUAUUUUUAACUUAUACAAGACAUCGCUGACCUAAGCUAACAGGCGGGUAAAUAUAAUUCGUAUUGAUUGAUUGAUCUUUGACACAUCGAUAUAUUUGCCAGAUCACUAUGUAGCUGGACGCAUCUUGAAACGCCAAUGACCAUUUGGCUUGGGUUGCAACAUUUAUGUUGCUGUAAUUAAAUUUUCAAUACUAUGGUCAUAGGUUAUAUUACCACAGAAGUUUUAUCUAAACUAUAACCAAGGCUAGGUACACCUUGAGUUAAAUACACAGUCGAUCUAAUUAUUCAUAUUCAUAAUAGACAUUCCAAAAGAAAUUUUAAUUUAAUUGAAUGAUAACAGAAAAUAAUAAUUAACCGUAGUAAGUAACAUUCAUUCUAUGAUUAACCCUAUUAAAUUCUAUUAUUAGUCUAUAAAAUUUAUAGUUUGAAGGAGUUAUGAUUACUCAUUUUCUAUGAAUUAACAUAUCCAUGGAAAUUAUUAUCAAUUUUGUUGGAUAGAUAUAGUUUUGUUAUAUUUCAGAUUGUAGUCUUCUUUAAAAUAAAAAGGCUUUAGUAAUGUAGUAGAGCGGAGGCUUAUUACUUAUAAAAUCAAAACUGUACUCUGAAUAAUAAAUUGCUUAUAACUUAUAUCACAUUGUAAUUGUAAUCAAUAUUUAACUUUGACGCAUAAUAAAUUAAUCCUUGUUAGGUUAAGAUUUUUUUAUCCAAAAGUUACGUAUUUUCUAUCAUUAAAAUAUUUUUGUGCUAAACUAGAUGAUUUAAAAGAUUUCACAGUUUGAGACAGUCAUUUUCUAUGUCACUAUAUUCUAAUUAUAUCAAUAACUUAUCACAUAAUGUAAUUUAAGUGUAUUUUCUCAUUAUAAAAAAAGCUAUUUACGACUGAGAAUGUUGUAAAUGGCAUAAAUUUUUAACUAAAACGAUUUUUCCAUAGUUAAGCUACGGCGCGCGGUUUCCCCCUCUUUUGAUCCUCUUGUAAGCCAAAUGUGAUUUUUACCUAAAGUAAACUACUGUUUUACUGCAAAUAAAUUGUGACCUCAAUUUGUGAUAAGUACUUAAAGCUGACGCUAAGCUGAUAUUAAAAACGCGCCCAGUUGUAACUGGGACUUUCAAAGUUCGGUUCAAAGUCUAUUACCUUACAUACAUACUAUCUUGUUAAGGCAUAUUCGUUGUAAGUUACUAGCUGGGCUCGUUUUCACUAGACCUAAUGUACAAUUUGCACAUAUGCAACGAGUGAUAGUAUAUUUUUAAAUAGUUCUGUAAUAUUGUUAUGCUUUGUCUUGAAUUAA